AUGGCUGGAAAGUUUGAGCCCAAGACCGCCGUUACCCUCGAUCCUCCAAAGGACGACAUCAUCUCCAAGGAGGAGCUCGCCAAGGCCAACGGUACGACCUCACCUCCUCAAGACGCUCAGCAAGGCAUGGGGAUAUGCGCUACUGAAGGGGGCAAGUGCUACGUGGCUAUCAAGGGCAAGGUUUAUGAUGUGACUGGUAACAAGGCCUACCUCCCUGGAGCUUCUUACAACGUCUUUGCUGGUAAGGACGCCUCAAGAGCUCUGGCCAAGUCCUCGACAAAACAGGAAGAUGCGCUUCCAGAGUGGCAGGACUUGGAUGAUAAGGAAAAAAAGGUCCUCAACGACUGGAUUACCUUCUUCUCCAAGCGGUACAACAUCGUUGGUGUCGUGGAGGGCGCCACAAACAUGGAAUGA